AUGUUUCGGAGGUCGCGCAAGUCGCUGUUACAACUGGCCAUCGUCUGUCUAGUCAUCUACUUGUUCGUGUCGCUCCUUCGGCCCUCAGCACCCAAACUUUACUCAUGGAACACGAUCCGCUACAAAACAACGGCAGCAAGCCUUCCUGAUGCCCGAGGUACAUGCCCUGGCCUUGAAGACAGCUCCAAGCCAGUUCUGGUAGUCUCACACGUCGCUGCUGAUGGCGACACUGCCUGGCUGGAACGCCUCUCGUCCAAGUACCACCUGUGCAUUUACGAAGUUGACGCGCCUGCCGAUCCGACCGUCAAACACCUCCGCGUGCCUGCCAACCGAGGCCACGAGUCCAUCACUUAUCUUACCUUCCUGAUCGACAACUACAAGGACAUCCCGCAAGCUGGUGCAGUCUUUGUACACGGCAACAGGUUCCAAUGGCACAACGACGAUCCCUUAUACGACAAUGCAGCCAGCCUGGCCGCCCUGAACGUCCCCUCUGCACUUGCAGUCACCGGCUAUCAUAACCUGAGAUGCGACUGGACCGCAGGCACAUGCCCCAAAGAUUCUACUCCACAGGGUAGCCUCGAAACAUCCUUCAACUCUAUACUGCAGCCCUGGAGUGCGAGGUCCGCCUCUGAUGCCGCUAUGCCACAAGCAUUUGCUGUCUUGUUUGGAGGAGACGAUUAUCUGAACAAUGGAAAGAGCAAGGGAUUGAAACUUGGACGAAGCCAUCCUGUGCGUGCGCAAUGCUGUGCUCAAUUCGUCGUUUCUAGAGAAUCCAUACACCGGCACUCGCGUGAAGAAUAUGUUGCUCUGCGACAAUGGCUUCUUGAUGGCUAUGGCAUGUCGAGGAAUUCCAAUGCCGCUCCCCGCGACGACAGAAUUGCUGGACGGGUUCUGUCGUAUCUCUGGCAUGUCCUCUUUAUCCCGAACCAAGACGGUCCUGUAGAUCUGGACACUUUGAACGCACAAGCAUGUCCCAGCGCUUCUGAUUGCUAUUGCCGGCUCUAUGGCAAGUGCGACCUCAGUUGCAACGCUGGAGCUUGCUAUGCUCAAUACCGCCUCCCACCUAACAUGCGUCUGCCUGAUAACUGGGCCAAGCUUCACGGACACGAUGUGUACAACGUGUACGAGCCUGGAGUCAAAGCUCUCCAUGGAAGACUGUAUCCCAAAGCCUUCGAGCCCUGA